GCCGAAAGGGAUAACUGACUACCCCCUGUUCACACGCCAAGCACCAACCACUGGCCCCCAAGCCCGGACCCUCUUGAGCUUGCCCAUAGCAACCGGAGGUAAACAGACGAAUCGCAGCGCUUUCGACACACGCACGACGACACCACGACUCGCUCAAUGUAAUUCAUCCGCAUCAUGGCUACCCUCGCCGCAAACGACCAAGAGAAUGCUGUCCGCCACUUGCACGCAGGCGCUGCUGGAAAGUCGCUCAAUGCCGGCUUGAAGGGAUUCAACGCCAAAACACCAGCAAACAAGGGCCCGAAAACGCCGUUCAAGCUCCCGCUCAAUGACGAGAAUGCCGUGAAUAAAGCUGGAAAGUCCGUCUUGAAGACGAAUGCUAAAGCUGUAAAAUUGGACGAGAAUGCCUUUGUCACGCCAGCUGGCCCGCGAACUCGCGCGCCCCUGGGCAUGAAGACGACGAAUGCCAAAAGCAGAGCGUUCCAGACCCCCGCACCUCUUUCCUCCGCAAAGACCCAGAAAGUGAGCCCACGCCUGCGCCGUCCGAAAGUCAAGGUCCACCAACCCGAAGUCGACGUAGAAUCUGAACAUGACGUGCCAGAGGUCGAAUACAUGCCUCCAAAAGAGAUUCCACUGGAAGAUGACAUGGACGAUUAUUUGCCAAGGGACUGGAAGGUCCCCAAAAUCAGUCAUGAGAGCAUGACACGCGGGAUCUGGGAUGCUUACCACAACCCAAUCGAGGACGAUGGACGGACCCGCUACCAACGCGAGUUUGAGGACGAGGUGCAGAGGGAGCGGAAGAAGCGCGACGAGGAAUUUGAAAACGUGUUUGAGGCACAGAUGGCAAAGGACGAUGCUGAAGCGAUGAGGUACUUGGGCAUCGCGGAGCCGAAGGAGGCACCAAAGCCCACCAUUGCACCUAAAAGGACGACUCCUGGACUGUCAACAAUGAGUGCAAGAAUGGCCGCCACAGCUCUCUCGCCUACAUCCAAGCCCAGCUAUGCCGCCCCAACUGCGUCUGUAAAAUCGCGCCUUCCUACUGUGCUCAUCUCGAGCCGGAAGCCAACGAAGCCGCUUGUAGAGCGAGCAGCAUCUCAUCAGGCAACCGCCGUAGCAGCCUCAAGGAGCACCAUCGGCUACGCUCAAGGCCGCGCAGGACGUACAGGUCUAGCAGCACGCAAACCGCUCUCUAACGUCACAAAGCCCGCACCAUUUUCUGUCACCUCUCGACAGGUACCUACCACUUCAUCUACACACAAUCAGUCGACUGUUCGAUCUCGUUCGGCCUUCUCCCGCUCAAGCUCAACUGCUACCGACGCUACUCUCGUCACGCCUCCACUGGAAGAGGAAACCUACCGCACCGCUGAGGAGAUAGAGCGCGAGAUGGAGCUGUUGAUGCUUUCACGUCAGCUUGAGGGCGAUAACGAUGACGCGUGGACAAACAGCUUCAACAGCCAGCUACAUGGAGAUCCUCUUGAUGAGGAGCUAGAGAACUUCCAGUUCCAGCUCCCUGAGGGCUUUUAGUCUUGCAGCAUGGGUUGACAUGGAGGGAGGCAGAUUGUCACCAUUUGCUAAGUUUUUAACAGUUUUGGCGUUAUGUAUUUGAUACCUCUCUUUGCUCUCAAGCCUUUGGUUAGGACGGGCUUCCAUUACUUCUUGCUAAGCAUGGAAAGAGUAUAUAGCUGUUAUGGCUAGUAUGUCACUACUUUGUAAAACACAAUAAAUCAUACUUGAAUCAUUCAGAUUAUUUCAAGACACUACU